AUGAUUACAGAUGUGAUGAGUCGUCUGAAGACCUUGGUCCAAGAGAAACAACGUGUUCCCAUGACCUACGAAAAGUUCACCAUACUGGCGGCUAAGAUCAAGUUCAAAGCGGAUGUAUCUGAUGAGGACAAAAGAGACUUCAUCUUGUUUUGGGAAUUGAUUGCAUUCAAUGUUGGGGAGGCACAUAGUCACAGAAGGAUGAUGAAGAACUUUAAUGAGGAAGUUUGA